AGGGGACAGAGCAGGACAGGGGCUUAGGGAGGGGACAGAGCAGGACAGGCUCCCAGGGGCUCAGCAAGGGCAGCACGGGCUGGUUCUGGUGCCAGUGCUGGGUUUCCCCUGCAGCAGCAUUUGCAUCUCUUUAAUUACAGGGCUGUUUGGUCACCUGGGGCUUAUCCCAGUUGUUGUGUUGGGGUUCACUGUCUCACUGGCUUCUGUGAGUGCUCAGAGGAGUGAGCACUGAAAUGCUGCUGCCUGGUUCAUCUCUGUUCUCCUUUGCUCUCUCCAGUGAGGGCUGGGGAAGUUUCCUGCUUUGCCACUCAGUCGUUACUCGUUUUGAGCUCAGAUGGUCACUUGCCUGCUCAGAAGCUCUUCUCAUCCCAGUGCCAGCAGUUCCAUUGCAGAGAGUGCUGCAUAAACCCAGACCCUCACUGUUCCUGGUUCCUGAGCAAGGAACAAAGUUCUCUUUUUACAGAAAACUGGAACUCUGGAGAGUGAAGAGACCUUAUCCAAGGAGUCGUACCUAAAAAAGCAGUAGAGCUCGGUGGCUGCUGGGCUGUGAUCUCGUUCUGUGUGUGUAAAUUUUGGAAUAUUGCUGGCAGCAUGGACACAUCCAGAUAUUUGAGGCUGCUGUCUUGGAGUAAGCCCAGUGUUUUGGGGCAGUUGUAGCACAUUGAGGGUGAUGAACCACAGCAAAGAUCACGUUGUUGAACGUACAAUGGGGUACAUGUUCUGCCUGACCACAGAGUGUGGGAUGUGUCAGGUGGUGAGGGCUGGGUUGAAGGAUUGUCUGGGGGUUAGCUGGGCAGGGAAGGGCUCAGCCUGGCCAUCUGUUCCAGGCUCUGUGUUGCAAUAGCCAAGGUGGGUUUGCUUGCCCGUAGGGGAAGGAGUUCAGGCUGUAAAAUCACGGAGGUGCCUUCCUCAAAGCUGGCUGCUCCACAGAAACCUGAUGGAGAGAAGGGCUGUGCUCUGUCCAUGGCUUGUGGGGGUGUUGAGCCUUGUGCUUUGCCCAGAGGUGGGAAUGAAGCUGCGGAAGGGUCUGGAGUCUGCGGAGUGGCUGAGGGAGCUGGGGAAGGCUCCCUGGAGAAAAGGAGGAUCAGGGGGACCUUCUCACUCUCUGCAAUCCUUGACAGGAAGCUGCAGCAGGAUGCCCACAACUGCAUUCCCGAGCUGGACAGCGAAACAGCCAUGUUCUCUGUCUACGAUGGACACGGAGGAGAAGAAGUUGCCCUGUACUGUGCCAAGUACCUCCCUGAGAUCAUCAAAGACCAGAAGGCCUACAAGGAAGGCAAAUUGCAAAAGGCCCUGGAAGAUGCAUUCUUGGCCAUCGAUGCCAAGCUCACCACAGAGGAGGUGAUUAAGGAGCUCUCUCAAAUGGCUGGGCGGCCACAGGACGAUGAAGAUGAGAAGGAGAAAGUUGCUGAUGAAGAUGAUGCAGUGGACAAUGAGGAAGCUGCUCUUCUGCACGAAGAAGCCACAAUGACCAUCGAGGAGCUUCUCACACGUUAUGGACAAAACUGCACCAAGAACCUCAAAGCCAAGUCUGUAGCUGCAGCUGGGGAUAACGCUGUGGAGGGGACAGGCAAGCAGCAUGAUGGGGAGUCAAAUAUGAAUGGAGAGGCUGACCCAGGGGAGCUUCCCGACCACAAGGAGAGGAAGAACGGGAAGCCAGACGAAGAAAUCACGGGUAUUUCCUCCACCUCAGACAAAGCCAGCGCUGGAGGCAACAGCCCUGCUCUGCAGAAGCCUGAACUAGGCAAAGGUGACGAGGCCGUCACCUCUUCUACUGGGGAGGCCGGGCCCUCCUGCUCCUCUACGGGAAAGCCCCAGCGCACAACCAAAUCCAAAUUUUUUGAGGACAGUGAGGAUGAGUCAGAUGAGGUUGAGGAAGAGGAGGAAGACAGUGAGGAAUGUAGUGAGGAUGAGGACGGUUACAGCAGUGAAGAGGCAGAGAAUGAAGAUGAUGAAGAUGACACUGAAGAAGCAGAGGAGGACGAGGAUGAAGAGGAGGAAAUGUUGUUACCGGGCAUGGAGGGGAAAGAGGAGCCUGGCUCAGACAGCGGGACCACGGCUGUGGUGGCGCUCAUCCGGGGCAAGCAGCUGAUCGUGGCCAACGCCGGCGACUCGCGCUGCGUCGUGUCGGAGGGCGGCAAGGCCGUGGACAUGUCCUACGACCACAAGCCAGAGGAUGAGGUGGAGCUGGCCAGGAUAAAGAACGCUGGUGGCAAGGUCACCAUGGACGGAAGGGUGAACGGCGGCCUCAACCUCUCCAGGGCCAUCGGGGAUCACUUCUACAAGCGGAACAAGAACCUCCCUCCAGAAGAGCAGAUGAUCUCUGCCUUGCCCGACAUCAAAGUGCUGACAAUAAACGACGACCACGACUUCAUGGUCAUUGCGUGUGAUGGAAUCUGGAACGUGAUGAGCAGCCAGGAAGUGGUGGAUUUCAUCCAGUCGAAGAUCACCCAAAAGGAUGAGAAUGGAGUCCUGCGGCCACUCUCCUCCAUUGUAGAAGAGCUGCUGGAUCAGUGCUUGGCUCCAGACACCUCAGGGGACGGCACCGGCUGCGAUAACAUGACCUGCAUCAUUAUCAGCUUCAAACCCCGUAACACACACCCACCUGCUGAGAGUGGGAAGCGGAAACUGGGGGAGGCAGCGGCACCAGCAGAGGAGAACGGUGGGGACAGCACCAAGAAGGCCAAACUGGAGUAGCAGGGCCCACCUGGGGACUGGGCUGUGCUCACCAGACUCUCGUUUCUUACCCAUGCUGAACUCAAGACUGCAGGUCUUGUCCUUUUUUUAGCCUUAGCAGAGGCCUUGUUUGUCCGUGUCCUGGUCGGGGGGUGGGGCGGGUGUGGUUAGCAAGGGCAUGUCCUGUUCAUCCGUAACCAUUCCAAAGAGGGAGCCGGGAUGAGCCGCGCCCCGAGCGCUGCACCGCAGAGUCUGCUGAGGAGGAGGAGGAGGAGGAUGUCCCCCCAUUGUCUCCAUGUGGUUGUUGCCAUUUCUGUGCCUGUGAAUUUCUGUUUGGAGGGAAGAACUUUUUCACUGUUGAGGUUUUUUUAAUCUGCACCCGAUUAUUUAAGGCCCUUUCUGGUUUUUUUUGUGAAACAAUCUGGCGGUGGUGCUGCAGCCACGCCGUGUUCAGUUGUACACUUUCAAUCAAUACUUUUUUCAAACUAAAAGACCAGAAAAUACA